AUGAGUUCACAAAAUUCAAAUGAACACCUUAACAGGUGGGUGGUGGCUGCUGGUGCGUGGAGGGCCAGUGUUCUCCGACCGCCAGCAAACCCUGUUUCCGCUCGCAACGACCGCCACUCCUCACUGCUGCAGCUAGCAGCUUGGGGUGUACCGGCAGCUUUAGCUGCAGCCGUGCUGGUCACAAGAGAUGUAGAUGCUGAUGAACUUACGGGUACGUGUUUCGUGGGGAAUCAGUCGAGCAAAUCUUUGCUUGCCUUAGUCAUCAUUCCUGAAGCGAUUUGCUUGCUACUUGGCAGCGUGUUCUUAGCGUCGGGGCUUCGUGCUAUCCUACAGCGUUCCUCGCCUGCGCCAGCACCUGCAGCGCUCCUAAAUGCACCACCCCAGCCGCACACAGAUCAAAGUUUACUACGAUUAGGAACGUUUGCAGCGCUUUACGCUGUUCCAUCGACGUGCAUUUUGAUCACUUGGAUAUACGAAUACACAUGGCGUGACGAUUGGUUAGCUGCUCCUGUUCCAUCAUCAGAACCAUCAACUCAACCUCGUCCCGCGCUCUGGGUGUUUUUAUUCCGAAUUUUCGCGACACAAAUUCUGGGCGUUAUGGUUGCUGUUUGGAUAGCGACGCCGCGGUUGAAAGCACUAUGGAAGAGGAUUUCAGGCCCUAGAAAGCCAACACUCGCGAAGUGUCCUACGGGUCCAGCGCCUGCUCCAUUAACUUUACAGUGCUAUGCCACUCACUCUCACAGUCUGCCUCGACAUCCACACAAAUAUUCUACAUACAGACCGCCACAACAUCAAUCAUACAGAAAGCCUCGGCAUUAUCAUUACUCAGCCGGUGAAACUAUUCUAUGA